AAAAUGAGGCAAUCAAAAUCUCAGGGGGGGCCAUGGCCCCCUCUGCCCCCCCCCCUGCGGGCGCCCAUGAUUAUGAGAGUCAAAGUUAAAUCCUUGACACAAAGAUUUCAAUACUUAAACCAGAGGCGAGGCUUCAAGCAAAAUUAUUUUUUAGAGGCCGUUGUUUUGUAGAAUUACUUUCGAGAAGAUCAAGUUUUAAAAUAUAGUUUUUAUGAGUAUAUUAUUUUUCUUAAUUGAUUCGUUACCAAAAACAAAAGAUUAAUGAUCAUUUGUGUGAUUUUUAGAAACCAGAAAAUUUUGAAACGAGUCGAGAUCCUAGUUCAAUUGAAAAAUGGAAAAAUUGUACAGAAGAAGAUGAAGAAAUUUACAGGGCUGCAUAUUCAGGAGAUGCUGAUAAAAUCAUAAUUGCAUUUAGUUAUAUAGUCGACGAUAAAAGUUACUGCAUGACUGAAAUUAUAUUACUUUUGAUCGAUCGUGUUUUUAGAGCCAGGCCAGAUUCCACAUUGCUCAUUUCAAAUACAGUAAGAUGUUUGAAUCAGCUCAUAAAGCGGGAAAUGCAAUACCACGGACCCUAUAUUUUAAAAGAUAUUAUUUUUUUUGCUUCUGCCAUCGAAAGACCUGAGAAGAUACAUCUGAUCAGUGCUCUUUUAGAUAUAGAGUGCAAUAUCGACACCAAAGAUUGGCAAGAUCAGAAUCUCCUACACCGAUUAGCUCAUAAGGAUUUCUCAUCUAGACCUUAUCUGCAAGUAGCAGAACUGUUGGUUAAACGGGGAAUUGACGUAAACGCAUUAAAUGAUGAUGAUGAGAUGAGAUGAUGAAGGAUUAGCAGACGUACUAAAAACAGAAAUCACAGCAUCACUGUCGAGCUUGAUCGAUUCCAUCCUGUCCAGGUUUGUACAUCAGCGAAGGUGUAAGCAGCAAGAUGCAGCCAACGCAGCAGAACAGUUGAACAAGGACCUGAUGAUGGCCUCGCAAUUGUUAGACCGCAAAUCUCCAAGGACCAAAGUGGCGGAACGACCUCAAGCUCCGCCGCCACAAAUUCCGACAUCCUCAGGACCUCAAAUGGUAAAUGGCAAUGGUUGUCAGCCUAUAGUGCACAUGAACAACCAUAUCAUUCCAAAACCAUCAGAACUUCACCUGCGACCUCCUACAUUUCAGCCUCCGAAACCUCCCGGCAUCAACCAGGCCCCGUUAUUUGGAAUGAACCACCCCUUCUGCAAGCAGGAGAACCCAGAGCAAAAUGAAGCCCUCAGCCUGGUGGUGACCCACAAGAAGAAGCGACAUAAAGUCACGGAUACCCGGAUAACACCGAGGACAGUCAGCAGAAUCUUGGGCGGCCAGGAAGGUAUGGGAAUGUCUCCGGCUUCCAUGGAACACAGCCAGUGCACGUCUCCAAGACCGCCGCCAUAUCCCCAUCACCACCAACCGCCUCCGAUGCUGCCAGUGUCGCUGCCAACUUCUGUGGCCAUCCCAAAUCCAGGACUUCACGAAUCUCAGGUUUUCUCACCCUACAGCCCUUUCUUCCAUGGACCUAGCCAUGGGCACCAUAUGGCGAUGCAGGCAUCGUCGUCACCGCCAAGAAUGCACAAAAUGGAAAGAGAGUCACCCCCAAUUCACCAUCCCCCAACGUUACUACAUCCUGCCCUCCUAGCUGCUGCUCAGCACGGUGGUAGUCCUGAUUAUUCUCAUAUGAGAGCAGUCAAUAUGGAAAGUAAAUACGGAAUAGUAAAUAUGGACAAUGGUGAUAGAAACUCUGACUGCAACUCAGGAGACAUAUCCUACGAUGGAAUGAAGCCUACUAUAUCCUUUUUAUGCAAAGAUUUUAGUAAAAAUCUUAGUUCUCAACAUCCGAAUAUGUCCUUAAGUCCAGAGCACUCGUCUACAUUGACCCCGAUGCAUCUCAGGAAAGCUAAACUGAUGUUCUUUUGGGUGAGGUACCCAAGCUCGUCAGUCCUCAAAAUGUACUUCCCAGACAUCAAAUUCAACAAAAAUAACACUGCCCAGUUGGUUAAGUGAUUC